CAUCAUCGUCACACACCCCGAGUAUCAGUAAUCGGCUCUCAUCGGGGCGCAAAUGGUACAGCCCGUGUUAGUAGGAACUGUUUAGAGGUGCUCAAGGUGUGUUUUUAAUAAAACCAACAUGGCGAGGAAAACACUGAGAAUUCUCGUCUGCUGACUAAGUUUAGGAGAAGAUGUGAGGAACGACCAUAUCACCAAAGGGUAACGGUACUGAGUACCGUUAAUUUUUUAGCACUGCUAGCUAAUGCCGCACACCGUCCGAGCUGCCCGUGCUGGAUUACUAACCCACUCCUGAACUGACUUUAAGGGAAGAACCUGAGUAGAUGUUUUCUGUAGGCAACCGAUGGCCUGUAUUCUCCUGACGGACAUGGACCCCCCAACUGCCAGUCCACCAGCACCGCACAAUGGCGUCCCGUCAGAGCCGGACCCGACCACUGCACCUGACUCCAAGCCGGAAGAAGAGGCCAUUUGUUUAAGUGUUCAGCUUUACCACGUGGGAAAGGCUGGAAGUGGGGCAAACGGCUCAGGAGACGUGCUCACGUUUCCAGCUGGGGAACAUGUUGCAGAGGACCUGUGCAUCGCUGCAGCAAAAGCAUGCGGGAUUACUCCGGUGUAUUUCAGCUUGUUUGGGCUGAUGAGGGAAAGCGAUCGGGUUUGGUUCCCUUCUAACCACAUAUUUAAACUGCACCAAUCAGUCAAAGAGCAGGUGCUCUUCAGAAUCAGAUUUUACUUUCCUGGCUGGUACAACAGCAGUAAUUCGUCCUGCGCCCAUCGGUAUGGCCCGUCCAAGGAGAUGGAAAGCCCAGUGAUGGAUGAUUGUGUCAUGGCUUACCUUUUUUCUCAGUGGCGGAGUGACUUUCUGAACGGCUGGGUCCACAUUCCGGUCAGCCACGAAGCUCAGGAGGAGUGUUUGGGGAUGGCUGUGCUGGACAUGAUGAGGCUUGCUAAAGAAAAUGGGCAGUCGCCUGUGGACAUCUACAAUGACACCAGCUACAAGUCCUUCCUACCCAGAUCCAUGCGAAGCCGCAUCCAGGAGUACAACCUCUUGACUCGGAAGAGAAUCCGCUUUCGCUUCAGAAGGUUCAUCCAGCAGUUCAGUGAAUGCAAAGCCACCAUCUGUAACCUCAAGCUGAAGUACCUAAUGAACCUGGAGAUGCUGCUGCCCUCGCUGUACUCGGAGCGCUUCCAGGUCCAUGACCUCUCCUCUCGAGAGGUCACCAUUGUUGUCAUGGGGAACAAGGGCAUCCUGUGGUCUAAAGGGAAAGAAGAGGAGGGGGCGGAUGAGGAGCUGCAGGCAUACUGUGACUUCCCAGAAGUGAUUGACAUCAGCAUCAAGCAGGGCAACAAAGAGGGAUCUGCAGAGAGCCGCAUCGUCUCCCUCACCCGACAAGACAACCAGAUCCUGGAGCUGGAGUUCCAUUCGCUCUCCGAGGCCCUCUCAUUCGUCUCCCUCGUGGAUGGCUAUUACCGGCUGGUCACUGACGCCCACCAUUACCUGUGCAAAGAAGUAGCUCCGCCCAGACUCCUGGAGUGUAUCCAGAGUUACUGCCACGGUCCCGUUUCGAUGGAGUUCACGAUCAGUAAACUGCAUCAGUCUGGCAACUAUCAAGGCCUGUAUCUGCUGCGCUGCAGCCCCAAGGAUUACGACAAAUACUUCAUGUCCUUCGUGGUGGGGUAUGAAGCUAUGGUGGACUAUAAGCACUGUCAGAUUCUGAAGACAAAGUUUGGAGAGUACAUUCUGAGCGGAGCCAAGAGGAGCUUUGGUUCGCUCAAGGAACUCAUGCAUUGCUACCAAAAGGAGGCUCUCCGGACUGAUGGGUACACCUUCCAGCUGACCAGGUGCUGCUCCCCCAGCUCCAAAGACAAAUCCAACCUUCUGGUGUGCAGAAACAACCAAAGGGUGGAGGCCUCCCUUUCUCCCUCGCUCCACAGACAUAUCAGUCAGAUGGUCUUCCACAAAAUCCGCAGAGAGGACCUCAUCAUUAAAGAAAGUCUGGGCCAGGGAACGUUCACCAAGAUCUUCUGCGGCGUGAGGAAAGAGCUCGGAGACUACGGAGAAAUGCAUCAGAUUGAUGUCGUCGUCAAGAUCCUGGACAAGGCUCACCGCAACUAUUCUGAGUCAUUCUUUGAGGCCGCCAGCAUGAUGAGCCAGCUUUCCCAUAAACACUUGCUGCUCAACUAUGGGGUGUGUGUCUGUGGUGAUCAGAACAUGAUGGUGCAGGAAUACGGUAAGUUUGGAUCGUUGGACACCUACUUAAAGAAGAAGAAAUCUUGUGUUAACAUCACCUGGAAGCUGGAGGUGGCGAAGCAGCUGGCCUGGGCGAUGCAUUACCUGGAAGAUAAAAACCUAAUUCAUGGGAACGUUUGUGCCAAAAAUGUUCUCCUGAUCAGAGAGGAGGAUCGGAAGUCGGGCAGCGUGCCCUUCAUCAAGCUGAGCGACCCGGGAAUCGGCCUCACUGUGCUCCCUAGAGAAGUUCUGGUGGAGCGUAUCCCGUGGGUGCCCCCGGAGUGCAUCGAAAACCCUCAGAAAGCAACUUUGGCCACAGAUAAGUGGAGCUUUGGCACCACCCUUUGGGAGAUCUGCAGUGGGGGAGACAAACCACUGAGCACUCUGGACUGCUCAAAGAAGUACCUGUUUUAUGAGGACAGACACCAGCUGCCGGCUCCAAAAUGGACGGAGCUGGCUAACCUGAUCAACAGCUGUAUGGACUACGAGCCUUCACACCGACCGUCCUUCAGAGCAAUCAUCAGAGAUCUCAACAGUCUUUUCACUCCUGACUACGAGCUGCUGGUGGAGAGCGACAUGGUGCCAAACAGAACUCGAGGCUUCGGCUUCCCGUGGGCCACGGACGCUUCUGAUCCGGCCCAGUUUGAGGAAAGACAUCUCAUUUUCCUGAAGCAGCUGGGAAAAGGAAACUUUGGCAGCGUGGAGCUGUGCCGGUACGACCCCCUGCAGGACAGCACCGGCGAGGUGGUGGCCGUGAAGAAGCUGCAGCACAGCACAGCGGAGCACCUCCGCGACUUCGAGCGGGAAAUCGAGAUCCUCAAGUCUCUGCACCACGAGAACAUCGUCAAGUAUAAAGGAGUGUGCUACAGUGCAGGGCGGAGGAACCUGCGGCUGAUCAUGGAGUAUCUCCCCUUCGGCAGCUUGAGGGAUUAUCUCAUCAAACACAAAGACCACUUUGAUGCCAAGAAGCUGCUGCUCUUCUCGUCGCAGAUCUGCAAGGGUAUGGACUACCUCGCCACCAAGCGCUACAUCCACAGAGACCUGGCCACGAGGAACAUCCUGGUGGAGAGCGAAAUGAGGGUGAAAAUCGGGGAUUUCGGGCUGACCAAGGUCCUGCCUCAGGACAAAGACUACUACAAAGUCACAGAGCCUGGAGAAAGCCCCAUCUUCUGGUAUGCUCCAGAGUCGCUGACGGAGAGCAAGUUCUCUUUUGCGUCUGAUGUUUGGAGCUUUGGCGUCGUCCUCUAUGAACUCUUCACCUAUAGUGACAAGAACUGCAGCCCCCCAGCGGUGUUCAUGGAGAAGAUGGGAAGCGAGAAGCAGGGCCAGAUGAUCGUCUAUCAUUUGAUCGACCUGCUGAAACAGGGGUUCCGGUUGCCCGCUCCUGAAGGCUGUCCGCAGAAGAUUCAUCGGAUCAUGAUGGAGUGCUGGAACAGCGACCCGAGUGUGCGGCCCUCGUUCACCACCUUAAACCAGCGGGUGGAAACUGUACGAGACGCCAACGACACGUGAUCCGUCCUUCUGCGUCGUCAACCGUUUGGUAGCAAACUUGACAUCAACAGAUGCAGUCUUUCCUUUAAGGUGGAAUUUCUGCUGUCAUGUAGAUUGUUUCACAAAGAUAAUUAUCAGUUGCUUUAAUUUUUUUUUUGUUUUUUGUUUACAACAUUUAAAUUGAAGAAAGAGAUUAUUGUCAGGCUAAAGUGCAACUAUGUUUUUAUAUAAUUGAAAGAUCUCUUAAUGCAGCAGAAAAGUUUUUUUUAUUUGAUAAAAACUUGAUUUUCUUUGUCUCCAAGCCAUUAAAAAAUGUAUAUUUAUGUUGGAUUUAAAUUCUAUUGCAACUUGUAUCGUCUUGUUUACUCUUAAUACAUUUUUGUCAUACUUUUGCACAUGAAUGCUGUUACUGUUUGCUUUUUUUUAUAUAUGUCAGAAGCUAAAAAUCUUACAUUUAUGUACAUUUGUUUAAAAAAAUACAUUUAAAAAGGAGCCAGUUCAAUAGCAAUUUUAAUCUGGAUUAUUUUUGUUUUGUUCUUUUUCAUCCCUAAAAAUAUUCAUUUCGUGUUCACAUGUGCAGUCAUCCGUCUGUAGAUACAUGUAAAUAAUCAAAGCUGGAUGUGUAAAUUUAUUGUUCAUAUUGAGCUUUUUUUCAUUCCAAAUAAAAUAUAUUCCACUCAGAA